CGCGUUUGGAGCUGCUCAGUCUCAGCAUAGAGAGAGGGUUGGAUUGCUUGGCUGGGCCUGAGCUGUCCUGGGGCUUCCUCGGAUUCACCCAGUGCAGAGGGCGCCAGGACAGGAACGAUCAUCUCCCCUGGCUGUACCAUGGAGCCCUGAGCGCUUCUACCGAGGCCUAUACCGGGGAGAAUGAGCCGCAGAGGGAGGGAGGACUAUCCAGGGAGCAUCGCUGCCAUCAUGGCUCAGGAGAAAAUGGAGCUGGACGUGGACAUCCCUAGCGAUGGCAGCCUGAGGAGAUCCAAUAGUGCCCCCCAUAUUAAUGUGCUCAGUGAUCACUGUCAGGUGUUUCAGCCUUGCGGAUCCAGAGCUCGAAGAAACAGCACUACUGUGGUGAAUCGUCAAAGUCAGGCACCAUCAUCCUCUCCUAUCCGAAUCCCAAGCAGCCGUCUGUAUCAGCUGAAAAGGGAGGAAGGAGUAGACUUAAUGAAUCGUGAAACGGCCCGUGAGCGAGAAGUCCAAGCUGCAAUGCAGAUGAGCCUUUCCUGGGAAGAAAGCUUCAGCCUGAGUGACAAUGAUUUUGACAAGUUGGAUAAAUCCUCGUCUCCAAAACGCAUUGAUUUUGCACCAGUGUCUCCUGCUCCUUCCCCCACCAGGGGAAUUGGAAAGCAAUGUUUUUCUCCUUCUCUGCAAAUGUUUGUGAGCAGUAAUGGCUUGCCCCCGAGCCCCAUACCUAGCCCUACAAGACGCUUUACAACCAGGAGGAGUCAGAGCCCCAUCAACUGCGUUCGUCCAAGUGCCUUCGGCCCUAUAAAAAGAAAAGGUGAAAUGGAAAUGGAAACCCAACCAAAGAGGCUGUUUCAAGGAACGACAAACAUGCUGUCCCCGGACGUGACUCACCUGUCAGAUUACAGUUGCCUUUCAUCAGACCUUGACAGUAGUAGCAGCCUUGGCUCCUCCUUGGACUCUGCUGCUAAAGAUGGCUGCGUUACCGACUCUCCAGCAGCUUGUUCCAAUUCCUGCUCUUCAUUCAUAUCUCUGGAUGAUCUGUCGCCAAAGUAAAAAUCUGUUGGUGCGACAUUCCGUUCCUCUUUAAAGACUGUGUCAGAGUUCUAAUUUCCCUUCAACUCUGGAAA